CUGCAGUCCAGCACCGCACAGCUGUCACACUCAGCUGCCCAGCGCUUCCACUUUGCAGCAAACUUCCCACUCCGCAGUCGUGCAUACCACACACUUGCACACAAAGUGUAAACAGCGUGUGAUAGAUAGGUCACUCCACCCUGCCUCGACUGUUUGCGUGUUAAUCCCUUCAGCAGGCCCUGCUUCUCCUGUCGGCAGCGUUCGUGAUGAGUUACUACAUGGAUCCAGUUUCGACCUACCCGGCCCUUCACCCCUGUGACCGUCUGGGCACGAUGAGGCAGAGUGGAGGGGUUGCAGCAGGCCCACAUACCCACUUCCCCAGUGUGGUUCACCCUCAGCAGCAGUGUUACCCAUCACAGCCCCUUUACAUCCAAGACAUACCUCUGCAGGAGGUGCCCAACGGACACGACCUAUGCCCUACAGAUCCGGAGUGUGGGGACGUCCCCCUGUUAACUCCAGGAAGUAAAGAGAUGAUGUCCCAGGCUCUGAAGGCCACCUUCAGCGGCUUCACAAAGGAACAGCAGCGGCUGGGUAUUCCCAAAGAUCCCAGACAGUGGACAGACAACAGGGCUGAGUGGCUAGCAUGGACAGUUAAUGAGUUCAGCCUGAAGAAUGUUGCCUUUGACAAAUUCUGCAUGAAUGGAGCCGACCUGUGUGCGAUGGGGAAGGAACGCUUCCUGGACUUAGCACCUGACUUUGUGGGUGACAUCCUUUGGGAACAUUUAGAAAUGCUUCAGAAAGAGGAUACAAAGCAUUACCCCAUCAAUGGACUGACCUCCAACUUCCAGGAAUCACGUUAUACCUCAGACUACUUUGUCAGCUACGGUGUUGAGCAUGCUCAAUGUGUCCCCCCUUCUGAAUACUCAGAGCCCGGCUUCAUCACAGAGUCUUACCAGACGCUCCAUCCCAUCAGCUCGGAGGAACUGCUGACGCUCAAGUACGAGAGUGAAUACCCCGCUGUCAUCCUAGAGACCCGCCCUCAACCGCUGCAGGGGACUACCUUCUCAGUCAAGCAGGAGGUGGUAUCCCCGGACAACAUGUUUGUGGGACGACUCAGCAGAGGUAAGCUCGGCGGCCAGGACUCAUUCGAGAGCAUCGAGAGCUUUGAGAGCUGUGACAGAUUGACCCAGUCAUGGAGAGCCCAGUCUUCAUUCAGCAGCCUGCAGCGGGUACCGUCGUACGACAGCUUCGACUCGGAAGACUACCCCACCGCUUUGCACGGCCACAAGCCCAAGGGCACUUUCAAAGACUAUGUGAGGGAACGCUCAGACCUCAGCAAGGAUAAACCCGUCAUCCCAGCAGCUGCCCUGGCAGGAUACACAGGCAGCGGCCCCAUCCAGCUGUGGCAGUUUCUUCUAGAGCUGCUGACCGACAAGUCUUGCCAGUCCUUCAUCAGCUGGACAGGCGAUGGCUGGGAGUUUAAGCUCUCUGACCCAGAUGAGGUUGCUCGGAGGUGUAAAAGGAAAAACAAGCCUAAGAUGAACUAUGAGAAGCUGAGCCGUGGUCUACGCUACUACUACGACAAGAACAUCAUCCACAAGACAUCAGGGAAACGCUACGUCUACCGCUUUGUCUGUGACUUAAAAAGUCCUGGCUACACUCCUGAGGAGCUCCAUGCAAUGUUGGACGUAAAGCCCGAUACGGACGAGUGAAACAGAGACGAAGAAGGAGUUGAAGACGGAAGUUAAGGUGCCACAUUGACUGUGGCUCAUAAAGUGGUCUUAACUGUUCGAUAGAGUCAGUAAACCGUUUGUUUUGGGGACCAAAAUGUUUUUCAUGAAUAAUUGUGGUCUUUAUCAACUUCAAGCUCCUGUCUCUCAGACAAAGUUUCAGAAAGAAGGCACAAUGCCUGUAUUCAUACCCUGUUGCAUUUGAGAUGUGUGCGCGUGUGUAUAUGAGUAUGUGAAUGUGUGAUUUUGUGCCGGUAUAAUUUAGCAGCUUGAGACGGAUGGAGUGCUACUAGUGGGUGGAAUUCAGGUUCUGUUCUGCCAGAGUAGCACAGCAGGAGACACGAGGACCAUGACAGAAAGUGCGAGGAUAAGAGAAAAGAAAUUGUUCAUUCAUUGUUGUGGAAAACAGAGAGCAGGCAGAACGUUCUGCUCAGAAAAAAAGUUGCCAAAAUGUAAAAAAAAAAAUUAAAAUACAAAGAAAUUUUGACAGGUAUCGUCUCAUAUCAACAAACAUCCCUGCUGUUUCUCUUUAGCAGAGUGAGAUUCUUCAGCUUGGACCAAAAAGUGUUGUUUCUUAUUGUUUUUAUAAAAACAUAUGCUUGUGCCAGUAUUAUAUGAUUGACAUUAAGAACAGCCACUGUAAACCAAACGGGCAGAAAGUGGUGUGAGUAUUUUUUUUGCAUAUUUCCUCAAUGAAGGUAUUAAAGUGGAACCAAACUUAACAUGCUGAACUGAAGUGGUCCCCAGGAACCUUUAACUGAAAAGUGCUGAUUUAUUAUCAGACAACACUAUAGACACUGGCCCUGUUCUGUGUCUGGUGAGGACCUGGUGAGAUUACUCAUACCUAGAGUGUCUGAUAGACAGACAACUGAAAGUAGCCGUUGGAACUGACGCUUUCACCUUUACAUGCUUGCCACUUUGUUAGAGACGCGUGAUGUGACUGACACUUAUGCAUUUUCGCAUAAUUAUACCACAAGUAUUAGCAAACGGUAGACAAUCUAUGUGGAGGGAAUUCAGGAGUCUCUGGCAAGAGUUUGUCCAAUGUGCAGAUUAGUUGCAUAAUUUGUCGUUUCACUGUCCGUGUUAGUGUUGCUUUAGAAGUGUUUGAAUAGUCUUAUGUCUGUCUGAGAUCGGUUUCAAAAAUCACCAGUGAAGUAGCAGAGGGAGUGGUUUUACAAAGUCUUAAGAAUGUCAGAUCUAUUAUUUUUACGUCAUGUUUUUUGGUCACACGGAAGCAGCCGUAGUGUAGUGUGGAGGUGUGGAGAAGGGAAAAGGAACAGGCAAUGGAAACUGUUAGCUAGAGAGAUUUGGAAGUUGUAGAAGGAUAUGACUGUAGAAUAUGUUGAUACUCAAGGUGAUGAUCUUAUGAGAGGUCUGACAUGGAAUGACUGACAGAAACGUGGCACUGCUUGGAAGCUUAAAUUUAAUGCGUUUUAACUCAAAGGCAGAUGAUGCAGCAAUCAUUGAAACCUCAUUGCAAAUAGAAACAUUAAGGACUAGAGGCCGACACUUGUAUGACAUUUUAAAGUUGUGUUACCAAUCCAUGAGCAAAAUGAUAUUCAGUUCAUGGCUAGUAACUUGUGCGGUUCCAUCCAUAUUGGUGCAGUGUACUCCCACGACACGCACUGAGAUUCACCAGUUACGUAUGAGCACAUUGGCUGCAGUUUCUUCCCAACAGUUGGAGGAGUGGCUGUACACUGGCCUUAUGGGAAAUGCCAAAGUGGAAUAUCUUCUUAGAAUACGAUGUUUACAGUGGCUGAAUGUUACCCAUAUGGAUGAAAAUAGCUUUUGAGAUGUCUAUUUGUACAGAUUGUAUUUCAUAAUACUUUAUUGAGACCCAGAUUACACAAAUAAGCAAGAGACAAAGCAGGAAAAAUAACCAAACCCAUUGUGAGGUCUUUGGUCACAGUGCUCCGGGUAUCGUCUUGCAGUGUUAGAAGACAGGGACCAGAAAUCUCUUGCAUUUUUGGAAAGUGUUGACUUUUCUUUGAUGUCUUUUUUUCCUCUGUUGAAGCACACAAAAAAAGGGCAAAGAAAAAGCCUUUAGCUGAUCUGACUUUUCUAAGAAUGACUAGUUCAUGUCCAUGAUGUUUAAUUAGAUAAGCAGUGACUCAAAAACUCCCAUUCUCAUCAUCUGAUGAAAAACACACACCUUAAUUGGUUAUAAUCUGCACUGUACUUUCAUUCCUUUCUGCUUGUGAUUUUCAUUUGUUUUGUUCAGGUUCUUGUACUCGUGUCAGUGCUUUAUGUUGAAGAGAGCUUACAGAUUUGGACACAUAAAUGUAAAGGUUGUUAGUACCCUGGAAAACCUUCUUUUCACCCACACAAGGUCACAACAUUUUGAAGUUUGGCUUUAUAAACUCAAUGUGUUUAAGAAAAACAUCUGUUACCAGAAACCUUGAUAUCAUUAAAAUUAUUUUAUUAGUAAAAAUAUACUGUUGUUAAAUGUCACAGAUUACAAUCUACUGCAGGUCUUGGAUGUAUUACUGAACCUUAGCAGGCAAAUGUACACACACAAGUAGUUUGUGGCAUAUGCAUAUCUCAGAAUGGAUUCAGAAGGAAAACUUUUUGUUUGUAUGUUGUUUUUUUGUAUAUUUUAUAGUGUAUUUGUAUUUUUGUUAUGAGAUCAUUUUAAUUGUAUUAGUUCACAAACAAUUGAAUAUUUUUCAAUAAUUUAUAUUUUAUAAAAGACAAGAGAUGCAGACAGCUGGUUCUUACAUGGGAAUUUAAAGGUAGCGCAGACAAAAUAAUGUAGCGUUUUUUUUUUGUUUUUUAUGUUUUGUAUUCUUUUUUUGAUACAGAAAAUAGACCUGUCUGCUCGAGAUAAAAGGCUGAUGCUGGCCCAUCAAUGAUUUCUGCUGGAAAGGUUUUAUAAACUGUAGCUUCUAUUUCUAAAAUGUACUUAAUGUACUUCAAAAUGUUAUAAAUAUAUGUGAACAAAGAUUUCA